AUGAAUGACCUUAUUUUUUACGUAUCCAGAACCCUACCUGAAAUCACCCAUCGUGUGUAUUUCGACAUAUCGAUUGAUGGCAACGAUGUAGGGCAAGUUGUAUUUGGUCUCUUUGGCUCAAUUGCUCCUAAAGCGGUUGAGAAUUUUCAUUCGUUGGCGGUAUGUAGCAAGGGCUACGGAGCAUUGACGGGUGAAAAAUUAUGCUAUAAAGAUGCGAUAUUUCAUCGAAUAAUCCCUGAUUUCGGAAUCCAAGGAGGAGAUUUCACACAUCAUGAUGGUACAGGCGGCGAAUCAAUCUAUGGUGGACGAUUUGAGGACGAGUCUUUUAUCGUUAAACACAAUCGACCGUUCUUGUUGUCCAUGAGCAAUAAGGGUAAGAAUACGAAUGGCUCACAGUUUUUUAUCAAUACGGUGAAGACACAAUGGCUUGACGGAAAGAACGUUGUAUUCGGUAUUGUACUGGAGGGGAAGGCAAUCGUGCAAGAAAUAGAGAAAACCGGUACAUACGGUGGCAUCCCCAGAUCGGUCGUGAGGAUUAACGCGUGUGGAGAGUCGCCAUUAAAACCGGAAGAUAGGGAAGUUCACUACUAA